CCCUAGAACACUUUUUCUCCUCCACCUACUGCAACUGUUCCCAUAACCUUGGGAAGAGAAAACUUCCCAGCUAAACUCCUCUGAGACUUCAUACAACUUCAUAUUCUGAGCUGUGAUGAUCACAGAAGCCAAGGCCUCCUAACAGAAGACAGCUCACAUUUGCCUGCCUACAACCAGCUUUUUAUCCUUCUCUUGACUACUCAAAAACUUCAGGUUUCCUGCUAUUGCCUUCCUGCUCUAUUGCAUCAUGGAAAAGGUCCAAUACCUCACUCGCUCUGCUAUCAGGAGAGCCUCAACUAUUGAAAUGCCUCAGCAAGCACGUCAAAAUCUCCAGAAUCUAUUUAUCAACUUCUGUCUCAUCUUGAUAUGUCUCCUGCUGAUCUGCAUCAUCGUGAUGCUUCUAUGAAGUGCUGCCACCCACCUCCAGAUCUGUAACAUGCCAGCUCAGCUUCAAGCCAGCACUCCCUCAAGAGGGCAAACAAUACAGCCUACUCCCUGCCUGAAUGUCUUUCUGAAGGUCAAGAUUAAGAGGGAAGCAAAUUGUUAGCCAAUGUAUUCAUCUACUGGAUCUUGUAAACAAACUUUACAAUGACUAAGUAUGCAUAAUGUAGCCGCCAAUUUCCUCAAAAUGGUCCAUAAAUAUCUUUCCUAAUUAUUUCUGAGAAUGAAGUAUGAGUUUUAAUUUUGAAAAAGCACUACAAAAAAGUUCACUUUCUACACCCAGCACUAGCUGUACUGAUAAGAAACUCACUUUAUAGGUCCAGUUAUUUUUUUUUACAGGAACUAAGCAUUCUUCAAAUCUCCACAAAAUAGAAAAAAGAUCAUUUAAAUGAAGUGUUCUUAUUCAAAAUAGCUCACUGGAUCCUCACGUGUGUGACUAGUAGUAGUAGUAGUAGUAGUAGUAAUAGUAGUAGUAGUUGUAGUAGUAGUAUUACCAUAUUAUUACACAGAAGUCUUGGUAGUUAUCCUGUCAGAAUAAAUACCUUGAAAUACAGAUCAUAUCAUUUAUACACUAAUUUUUUUAAGUUUAUGAGAAUCAAAUAGGGAAAAGAUCAGAUUCUCAUAUAAAUAAAAUUCCUUAUCACUAAUUUUUCUCAAGGAUAAAGGAAUUCAAGUACAUUUAAGUUAACCACAAAUCUGCUCUCUCUAGGGUUUGGUGAUCAACAAGCAAGAAUAUCUUACUGUGUGGCUGUGACAAUUACUAAUAGAAGGACAUUGACAUGGAUAUCCUUGGUUUUAUAGGGUUUCUCCUAUUCCAAUCAGAUUUUCAAAAACAGGAAACGGUAUUUCGAACAUUGUACAAUUUUAAAUUCUGAACUCUCUCUCUCUCCAAAUACUAAUUCUUUCAUUUUACUUAAGUGUAAAGCUUUAUUCUGAAAUAUUCUGUCUUCCUCUAUUGCCCAGAGAAUAAACAUUUGCCUUACUAAAUUUAA